AUGAUCCUUGAAAAGAAAUUAAAUCACCAUCCGAAGGAACAAGUGCAGAGAGCAAACAUUCAACUAAGUCAGUCUGAAUCCAGGCCACUUCUUCCAAAUUCCAGUUCUAUGACUUUACCUACCAGGAAAGGCCAGAGAGAACCAACACCACCUCUUCUAAAAACUUUGCAUGUGCAUGCUGGAACUACAGCUAGUGUCCAGCCAGAAGUAUCCAGCCAGAGCGAAGAUUUAGCAAGAGCUUUACGUCAGAGAUCAACGAUCAAUGUGAUAUACAAUCCCAUAACACACACUGCUGUUGAAAGUAAUGCGAAUUCUGGUGCUGUGAUCAGGAACUGUUCUGCAGCACCUUCUCAACAGGCCAGAAUCUCCAGCAAUAGGAAACUGGGGAGACAAAUCACAUGGGCAAACACAAAUGCUCAGCUACCUCCUACAAGUGUACAGAACCUUUAUAAUAAUCCAAGAAAUACUCAGUUUCCCAGCAAAGGUAUUCAUCCCCUCCUGAAGUCCAGUAAAAAGAUGUUCCAGGUUACUGCAAAUACGGGAGCUGCUGGUGAUCCAAAAGCAUCAAUGGGCAGUUACUCCCAGGCCUAUGGAACCAUAUGUAAAUCUGCACUCCAGAGUCUUCCAAUAUCAAAGUCCUCCCAACAACAUGAGCAGUGAAUAUGGAAGUGUUCUAACCAGGUGAAGUACAGCUCAUGUCAUCAGCACCCUAACUGAGCCAGUAACAGCAAGUGAGAGCAAAAUAGUACAGGCAUUUGACAGUUACCCAGCUGAAGGGAAUUGCUUUAUUCAUUGCAUGGAACAAUGUACUACUUUCCUCUGGACAAACCAACAGGAAAGAGAACCUAAAUCCUUUUGCCUUCCACUCUUACCAGACAUGCUAUUUGGUCCCAUACCAUGAGAACAAUGAAUACUGUCAGUUCAUAUUCCUCAUUUGAAUUAUUGCAAAAAAUUACAGAAAACUGAAAUAGUCUGUUAUUUGAAUGUAUUUAGACA